AUGAAGAGAGAACUUUUUGGUAUCUUUAGCCAGAAGUCAAACCUCAGGAUACAUCAGAGAACUCACACAGGUGAGAAACCAUAUGAAUGUAAUAAAUGUGGAAAAACCUUUAGCCAGAAGUCAAACCGCAGGAUGCAUCAGGGUACUCACACAGGUGAAAAACCCUAUGAGUGUAGUGAAUGUGGGAAAACCUUCUACCAGAAGGCAGUUCUCACUAAACAUCAGAGGACUCACACAGGGGAAAAACCCUAUGAGUGUAAUGAAUGUGGGAGAACUUUUAGCCAGAAGUCAAACCUGAGGAUGCAUCAGAGUACUCACACAGGGGAGAAACCCUACGAAUGUAAUGAAUGUGGAAAAUCCUUCUACCAGAAGUCAGUGCUCACCACGCAUCAGAGAACUCACACAGGAGAAAAACCCUUCAAGUGUAACGAAUGUGGAAAAACCUUUCGUCAGAGGGCAAACUACAGCAGGCAUCAGAAAACUCACACAGGACAGAAGCCUUAUAAAUGUAAUGGAUGUAGGGAAACCUUCUUCCAGAAGUCAGCCCUCACUGUACAUGAAAGAAUUCACAUGGGGAAGAAAUCCCAUGAAUGUAAGGAAUGUGGGAAAAUGUUCUACCAGAAGUCAUCCCUCAUGAUACAUGAAAGAAUUCACACAGGGGAGAAGCCGUAUGAAUGUAAAGAAUGUGGGAAAAGCUUUUGCCAGAAGUCAACUCUCAAUAGACAUCAGAGAAUUCACACACGUGAGAAACCAUAUGAAUGCAAAGAUUGUAGGAAAGCUUUCUACCAGAAGUCAGCCCUCACUGUACAUUACAGAACUCACUCAGGUGAAGAGGCCUGUUAACCUACUGAAGGUGUGAAAAGCCUUAGUAGCAAAUGAAAUCCUACAGUGUAUCAGUGGAUGCAUACAGGAAAUAAACCCUUUGCAUGUAA